AUGAGGUGCAAGGUUCCGGGCACCAUUGACAAAACCUACGUGGACACACUUCUCUCACACAAACGCAAGAGGACCGACGAAGACGAGUCGGAAUUGUUACGACUACGAAACGACAGGGUGAACUUACUUGUUCAGUACCAGACGCUUAAUAAAGAGAAUGCAAAACUCGAGCAAAAAAUCAAAGAACACGAGGAAACUAUCGACAAAACAGCUACCGCUCUCACGAUAUAUGCAGAGGCGAUGGAAGCUUGCAAGCCCAUCAUCUUGGACGCAAUGGAGAGCAAGUUCCUUGCUGAGAUGAGGGGUAGCAACGCCGACGAUGAAGCUCGCAUGGCCAAAGCAAAGGAGAAGGCGGAAGCCGAGUACAAAACAAAGUUCGAAGUGAGCGAGAUCACUGUGCACGCGCCGGUAUUUGUCAGGAAUAGAGGCAUGGAUGAUUGA